CGCGUCCCCACCGUGGGGCUCACCUGGGGGCGGGUGUCCCCGGAGCUGCUCGCUCUCGCGCCUGUAGACAUCAUUUUGGGCUCGGAUGUCUUUUUUGACCCAAAAGACUUUGAAGAUAUUUUAACUACAAUUUACUUCUUGCUGGAGAAGAAUCCACAUGCUCAAUUCUGGACUACUUAUCAAGUCCGAAGUGCUGACUGGUCUAUUGAAGCUUUGCUCUGCAAAUGGAAACUGAAGACCGUCCACGUUCCCUUACGUUCCUUCAGUGCAGACAAAGAGCACUUGGCCAGCUCCUCUCUACCAGGAAGACACACAAUCGAAAUGAUGAUCAUUUCACUGGCACACUCAGAUGGUACUUAA